UGACUUGUGUUGCUGCUGCUGCUGUUGCUGCUGUUGCUGCUCUCGACUAUAUCAUCACUCAUUCAUGGGAGCAUGAGAUUUGAAUGCUUCUGAGUUGAGAAAAUGAAUCGUUUAGAUGAUCGUCUGUCUUAUCUUCAUGCUUCCUAUACUGACUCGCGUAUGACUCAAGAUAGUACUUUUAAUCCAUGCAAGAAUUUGAAUGAUGUGUUCCAGUCUGUAUCCAUUGAGGAUGUUGAUGGAGAGACCCUGAAGGUGUAUUUGAGAGUGCGUCCAAAUCUUCCACAGGAAACCUCUAAGGAUGAGGACGUUCAAAUUGAUAUUCUGGAUGAUCACAGCAUUAUCCUUACUGCCCCUGCAUCUUCUAAUACCUUCAAGAAUAGCACCCAUGGCAUCACAAAACUUAGCCAGAAGUUUACAUUUUCCCAUAUAUAUGGACCUUCCACUACCCAGAAAGAUUUGUUUGACACUGCUACUUUGAGUUUGGUCAGGGAUUUUCUUGGUGGCCAGAACUGCUUGCUUUUCACUUACGGAGCCACUAAUUCUGGCAAAACAUACACUGUACAAGGAACUCCUACCAAUCAGGGUAUUCUUCCACGAACAUUGGAUGUAGUCUUCAAUACAAUAGGAGAACAUCAUUACCAGAAAAAUGACCUGAAGCCCCAAUAUUUCUGCAGUGUCAUACGCCUUGAUGAAAAGGACAUUCAAAAAGAAGAGGAAAGGAAAGAGAGAAUAUUCAAGAUAGGCUCUGAGCUUAGCACUACAUAUUCUCAGUCCACAUUGAGCCUCUCCAAGUUGUCUACCAGUGAUGACAGUCUUAACUACUCUCAUCAGCUGACUGAAAUAAGUGCAUUUUCAAAUAAAUCGAGUGAAAUAAGCAAAGUGUUCCCUGGUGUGGAGAGUCUGUAUCAUGACAACACAAGUCUGGAUAUAGGAGAUGCAGAAAAUAUUAUUUAUGCAGUCUUUGUGUCAUUUGCCGAGAUCUACAAUGAGUAUGUAUAUGACCUGUUAGAAAAAAUGCCUACUUCGAAGAAAAAUAAGCGUAACCCCCUGAUGCUGGGAGAAGAUCGUAAUGGUUCUAUUUAUAUAAAGGGGUUGCAAGAAGUACGUGUAUGCAGUGCUGAGGAGGCCUGGAAAGUCUUGGAUAUUGGACGCCAAAAUCUUCACUUUGCUACUACUCGCCUCAAUCACAACUCCUCUCGGUCACACUGUAUCUUCACAAUCAAGGUCAUCAAGUUAGCCAAGGCAGACAGCCCCCAUGUUGCACGAGUUUCAAUGCUUUCUGUGUGUGAUCUUGCUGGUACAGAACGGGCUGGAAAAACACGAAGUAACCAAGAUCGCCUCAAAGAGGCUAGUAACAUAAAUACUUCGCUUCUAGUACUCAGCAGAUGUAUUGAAGCUUUAAGACGGAAUCAGAUGCAGAAAGGCACUAAGAAACGUGAGAUUCCUGUGCCAUACCGUGACAGUAAGCUCACUCGGUUGUUCCAAAGCUUUUUUUUGGGCCAUGGUAAAGCUGCCAUGAUUGUUAAUAUCUCAAAGACACCCCUUCUUUUUGAUGAAACUCUACAAGUCCUAAAAUUCUCGGCAAUUGCAAAGCAGGUAGCUAUUAGUCAGGCCAAGGAAGAACACACAAAUGUUAAAAUCUCUAAUAGAAAGAGUCACUUCACCAGUUUUGUUCGCCAGUCUCUCAAUUCCACUGGGAGGCUUUCUGUUCCCUGGAUGAAAAGGCCUAGUGAUAUCACAUUUGGAGCAAGCAGUGACAUUCUUGAAAAAAGUGUGGAACCUCUAGUGGAAGAAAAUGAGGAAGAUGAAAAAUACGAGGCACUUGUUCAACUUAUUGCCAGUCUCAAAGAUGAACUAGUUAAAGAGCAUAAAGAAAAGGUUGAAUUGGAAGAGCGUUUGAGAGAACAACUGUUCUCAGAGUUCUCCCAGCAACUAGUCGAGAUUGAAAAUUCAUGGAGCCAACGUCUAAAAGAUCAACAGGCUAUAUCUGAAGAGUUGACAGAAUGGAAGCUUAAUGCACUCAUGAAAUCUACCAAGAAAUUCAACAUACACAAACGUUUUAGACAAGACGAUGAUCCAGAUGAGGAGUACGUUUCUUCACUAACCUAUUUUCAGGAGCAGCAUAAAGUUCAGGAGCAAGGAAAAUACAUACAAGAACUAGAAACCGAGGGAAAGCAUUUGAAGAGUGAAGUUGAAGCACUGAAGAGCUUCCAGAAAAAGACUUCAGAGUUACACCACAGAUCUCAGGAGGAAAAUGCAAGACUUACUUUUCAACUUUCACAACUGACUGAAAAUUUUGACAGAGUCACUAAGGAGCUGGAAGAGAUGAAGCGAGCAAGUCAUGUUUCUGGCACAGAGAACCUGGUUAUUAGAGAGCUGCAACAUCGGCUAGAUGACAAAUUGUCACUUCAAGAAAAAAGUGAUAAUGAAAUAAGGGGACUAAAAGAGAUGCUUGUAGAAGCAGCUGAAACAUUCAUUACGAAAGAAGAAGAGUGUUUAAAAUUGGAAAAGCAGCUGGAGAUAAGUGAGCAGAAUUCUACUAAGCAGAUGAUGUACAUCAGUGAAAUAGAAAGUGUACUAGAAGAUGCUCGAGCAAUGUUGAGUCAGCAGGCGGCUCGAGUAGAGGAGAGGGACCAGUAUAUAUCUGAGUUAAGAGAGCAGUUAUCAGCACAGGAACACAAGGAAUGCUGCAUGCAGUUGGAGAAGCUGCAGAAAGAGAAGUGGAAAAUUGAAGAAGAAUAUUUUAGGGAUAAGAGUAAGUUGCUGUUGGAGAUUGCUGAACUUAAAUGCAAUAAUUUCCCAAUUUCCUCCAGUAUGAACACAUCUUCAGGAGAUACUAAAACUGAGUUAAGAGUGGCAGAGUUGUUGCAAGAGAGAGAUGCAUUAGCUCAGGAAAGACACACUCUUAGUAAUAAGCUAACAGAAUCUCUCUCUCUCUUCUCACACCUGCAAAAUGUUAACUCUCAGCUGGAAAAGGAUAAUGGCUUGCUUAAGAGACAGACAGACCAGCUCAAGAAUAACAUAAACGAGCUAAAUAACAAGCUAGUGUGUGUGCAGGAAGAGAGAGCCUCUGAACAGCUGAACACUUCUACUUUCAAAGUAAACUGUGAAAGGGCUAUGAAUGAGGCAAAUACUUUCAAGAAUCAGUUAAUUGAAAAGAAUGAGAGAAUUCUUAAUCUCGAAAUGCAAGUUAAUGAACUUAAAGAGACUACAAAUAUUUUACAAGAACUUGAAAACGUCAAUCUUGAACUGAAAGAUAAAAUUAUAGCUUUAGAGGCUACACUUAAAGAAACUGAAUUAGAGAGCACUGAGUACAAGAAUAUAAAGGAAAAAUGCCACCAGUUAUCUGAAUCUUUGGAAGAGAGUCAGGGUGAGUGUGAGGAAAUGAGAAAAGAAAGAGCACAGUUGCAAAACAUGUUGCAGUCAGAGAAAAAAAAUAAAUUAUUAACAGAUGUUAACAUUGUUCAGACACAGGAAAAAAUAAAUUCUUUGGAAAAUGAUAUUUCUCAACUGAAAGAAGAGUUCAAACGAAAAGUGAAUGAAAUGGAAACACUGAUAACAGAGAAAGAAAUGAAAAAUGCCAGCCUCAUUAUAGAAAUAGAACAAAUUAAUGUGCUUAAUAAGAAACUUUUGUCUGAUAAAGAGACUACACACCUUCAGCAUACACAAGAAAUUUUAACUAAAACUGCUAUAAUUAAAGAAGUGGAAAGUAAAAAUGAGAUGCUGAUGAUUCAGGUACAGAAUAUUCAAAGUGCACUUGAAAACAUAACUGAGUCAGAAUUGAAGUUGCAGCAUAUAUCUAGCCAGAAAGAUAAUAAAUUAGAAGAAAUGCUAUCUGAACUUAAGUGCAAAGAAUUUUUAGAAGACGAAUACAAAGUAAUAAAGCUAGAACUUGAAAAACAUAAGGAAGAACUAAUGAAGCUGAGAUCAGAUUUUCAGGCAGAGAAAACAUUAAGCAGCAAAAAUGCUGCACAAAUUAGUAGUCUCCAAGAUGUGAUAAAUUCCAAGAAUAUUGAAUGUGAAAAGUGGCAUAAGGAAUGUGAAGAACUGAAGGAAGAAGUAGAGAAAUCUUAUGGAAUUAUUUGUAAAUAUAAAGAAGAAUACUCUGAAAAAGCAGUUAUAGCUCAAGAAUUGCUAGAUCUUAAGGCAGUGAAUGAAGAACUUCAGAAUGACAAACAAAUGUUAGAAAUAAAAGCACAAGAAAAGGACUCGAACCUCGUUGAUUUAAAAGAUUCUAGUAGUCGCUUGCAGCUCCUACUAAGGGAGAAGCAGAGGAGGAGAAGAGCAAGUUAGAGAAGCAACUGAUUGACCAGAGCAACAAUGAGCAGCAUAAAAUUGAGCUCGAACAAUAUGUAGAGAUGCUCAACAAAGAAAAUGCCGAGUUUAAAAGCAAGUGUGCAGCUAGUGAGGAACUCUCCAGUAGACAGAUGUCUCAACUUAGCAAUAAAGAUGUUGUUAUUGCAGCUUUAAACUCA